UCACCUCCCAAACCCCAUCGCACUAUUUCAUCAGGAUGUCGUCAUCGCCGGCCGCCCAAACCGUCGUCGAGCACAUCGUCCUCUUCAAGGUCAAAGACAACGCCGACCCCUCCAAGGUCAACGCAUGGGUCAAGGGCCUCAACGGCCUGAGCUCGCUUGAUCUUACUCUCCACCUCACCGCCGGUCCCCUCCUCCGCACCCGAUCCUCCCCUUUCGCCUUCACCCACCUCCUCCACAGCCGCUACAAGACAAAAGACGACCUCGCCGCCUAUACCGUCCACCCGGGCCACAUCAGCGUCGUCAAGGAUUUAGGCCUCCCUAUCUGUGAUGACAUCAUGGCCGUUGACUGGGUCGCGGAUGGGCUGACGGGCCCGGUGGCCUUGUCCCCCGGGUCCGCGAUCCGGGUCACGGUUUUGAAGUUGAAGGAGGAGUUGGGGGAGGCGGCUAAAGGUGAGGUUUUGGAGGUGAUUAAAGGAAUUAAGGGGAAGUUGGGCUUGGGAGAGGCGGGGCAGAUUAGCGUCGGAGAGAACUUCUCGCCGGGGAGGGCCAGAGGGUAUUCGAUCGCGUCGGUGGCGGUUUUUAAGGGAGUGAGUGAGAUGGAGGAGGUGGAGGAGGUGGAGAAGGACAAGGUUAGGGAGUAUUUGGAUAGCGUGAUUGUUCUCGAUUAUGUGGUUCCGUCCCUGCAAGUGUCUGAAGAUCCAUAAUCGGAUUCCGGUAAUUCAAACUAUUAACUAUGUUUUGAAAUAAGGUUUUAAUUAUCGGAUGUAAUGUACUGAGUUUGAGUUUGAGUUUGAAAUUUGGUUGCUGC